AUGGUUCUUGCGGCGGCCUCGUCCAAGGAAGAAUUAGAGGUCAACAAGAUCGCGGGUGGAAAAGACUUUGCGUUGUUUUCUGUCCUCCUCACACCAUCCCUGGUCGGAUGGUUGGUUCUGGAGGAAGGACACUCCACAGACGUACCUGUAUACGUUGGGAAAUCCGCUGGUGGCCCAGACGAUGCUGCAGUACGACCUUUACACGGGACUUCACGUUCCCCCCAGGCUGCUAGUACUUGA